AUGCCGCCAAAAGCAGCCAAAAAGGGCUCAGCCAAAAAGCCCAACGCAGCUGGAGCCGCAGUUGUCAACAAAAACUGGGAGGCUGGUCUCAGCAGAGCACAGUUUGAAGAGGAUUCAUGGCAGGCCUGUGUGUCUUUGGUGGUUGGGAGAAGUCCAGAGGAUGAGAAGCUGAUCCAGGCUCUGACUUUGGCCGUGCAGCAACCACAACGCAAACUUUUCACCUUGUUAACCUGGGACAGCACAAUUGCAAAGAUCCAUGAACUGGGGAAUCCCAAGGCAAAAAAAACUGAUGAUGUCCCCAUGUUCUAUGAGGUUACAGAGUCCGCUAAGGUGCUACUGGAUGCAGGACAUGAGAUUCCCUGUGACCUGAUGGCAAAAGUACUCAAGUUCCAGCUGCUUCAGAUCAAAUCCAAUGAUCAGCAGAGGAGAGCAGCUGAGGAGGCUGAGGACGAGAAGACAAAGGCCAGUCCUCCCUCUGACAGCAAGGACAAAGGAGCGGCCAAGGUCUCUGACAAAAAGGGAAAGAGUCUCCAUUCACCUGUGGAACCUUCCAGGGAGAAGAAGACCAAGCUUAAACGCAGGGGUGAUGUUGAGCCGCCUAAUUUCAUUGAUGAUGAGCCAGACGAUGGUCCUCAACACUACAUCCUGGUGCUGGGCUUCUACCAGCCCCACCUGAUUCGGAUCCUUGAUGCCAUAGGUGUACAUGUAGCUAAUGUCAUCAAAUUGUGUUCAGAACACAAGCACACUUGUGAGGUGCAAGAGGAACAGUACAUCUCUGAGGAUAAUGAGCAGAGCCAGAGAGCAUCUCCAGUUCUGGAUGUUGACUCAGCCAGUGUGGAGCAGCCUGCACAGGCCAGAAGCUUGGAUUUGUUCUGGUCAGGUCUGAGACCAGUUUUGGACAAUGUACCACUGGACUCCAAGCUUCACAAUGUGGCUCAGCUCAGCUACACUGUCCCAGAUCCCUUACCUUCCUUCCACCUGCAGGACUCUGAGCUGGCAUUGGGAAGCCGAAUCUUUGAUGGUGUUGCCCGUCUUAUCUAUGACUGUUUGGACUGGCGCAGGCAGCAUCAGCACUACCUAGACAACAUCAAACUCAUCAGUGUACCGACUGUUGUUGAGCUGGAUUCUCAGUCUACAGAGGUUGUGUCAACUCCUCUCCCCACGACUCCACGCUCCAAAAAGAAGUCAUUGCGGGAGGAAAACCCACCAGACCCAGAGACGGAGCUGCCUCCUCUCUCUACAGAUGUGGACAUGCGUUACUAUAGCAACCUACUGAACAUGAUUCCACCAGAGGCUUGCUCAGUGCCCCUUAUCUUGCACUGUAUGCUGGAGCAGGUGGUGGUUUCCUCACAGGCGUCUGUCUCACCACAGUCCCAUGUAGCUAAGAAGCCCAGUCCACACAAUGGACCCUGGUUAGACUGUGAGCUGGCCAGCUACAUGCUCCAGAGUUUCCUGCCUCUGGUGCACACAGAAGAGGAGAAAAGCCACAUGUUGAACAGCUUGCUGACUAUAGUACACAAUGAGGAAGACGCAAAGAAGCUAGAGAAGAAGUUUGGAGCACAGGAGACUCAGAAGAAGUUGGAUCACCCUUUGGUUAUUAGACACCAUGAUGAGAGGGCACUGCGCAUGAGAGACAUCAGUGCCGUUCAGGGUUUUGAUCCAGCUGAGGUGGAGUUGUCCAUGAUGAAGCUGUCUCCAGUGUGGGAGCUGAUCCAUUCUGUAGCUCAUCCGAGAAAGAGCAACUCCAGCUGGAUGGCAGUCAGACAACAGCUGCAGCACUACUGCACAGAUGAUGCUGUGUCAUGGCCCGAGGUGGAGGGUUUCUUUCACCAGAGUGUGUUUGAGAGUAUGCCACUCACCAGGCUGGACCAAAAGGGUGUACUGUUGAAUGCUGCAGGACCACUGGGAAGACUGGAACCAGCACAGCAGCAGACACCCACAAUAAUUCCCUGGGAUGAUCCACUAUCCUACGCUAAACAGCAGCUUCAUAACCUAAGGACUAAAGGUCCAACAUUUCUCACUGGGGACACAGAGCAGUUCAGUGGGAGAGUGUGCAGCCAUCUGGACCUAUCUGACAUUCACAGCUGUAGGCUGAGAUCUCUGUUUGACUGGCAUUAUACUGAACACCACGAUGCUUCUAUCUUCCCACAGGUGCUUCAGUUAGCCUCAGAAGAAUAUCGCUGCUUGGACACCUUCAGAGGAACCCAUAACAACAUCCUCUACAUUUAUUGCCACAGUCCGAGGAGUCCCCAUUUCCAGUGCAAAGAGUUCUGGGAUGUAGCCCUUCACACUGAUGUCAAGUUCAGGAAGUAUCUGGAGCAUGUUGCUGACACCAUUUCGGACUGGACAAAAGAGGAGGAAUUAAAGAGAGAGGCAAUGCAACUCUCAAAUCUCAGCCCUGCUGAAUCUCCCAAAGAUGAAGAGGUUGCAGAGUCUGCAGAGGACGAGGACACUUUGGAGCCGGUCAUUAGAAAAGACUCCCUUAAAGCCUGGAAGUUGGAGCAGGAGCGACUAAAGGAGGAGGAGAUGGCCAAGAAAUCAAAGAAGGAAAAUACACCAAAAGGCAAGCAGACGAACGAGGAGUCUAAGUCGGCGGACGACAAGAAUAGUAAAACUUUGUCUGGUGGCAAGAAAAGCAGAGCAGGGACAGCAGGCAGCUCAGCUAAGACUCCCAGAGAGCCCAUUACUACCACAGCGCCCACUGUGGAGGAAAACACAGACCUGCUUCAGACAGAGGAGCACUUCACUGGUUUCACAGGCUACGGCAUGGAUGGGAAGUUGAUCCAAGUGUCGGGUCGUCUCCAGUACCUUUUCCCCUCAGAUGGAGGCCACAUCAGUGUGGAGACUGUCAGUUAUGUUGAAGGUUCCAGCCUCAUGAAAAUGGAUGUAAAGAAGGAUGGACAUCAUUUCUACACACACAUCAACCUGGUUGUUAUUGAUCCGGCAAAAUCUUCCAUUCAGCCCCAAGACAAAGAAACCAAUGACAAAAAGGAAGACUGUAAAGUGCCAGAGCCUGUGGAGAUGAAAAGAGUGAAGCAGGGCUCCCUGUCAGCAGUGCUAAGCAAUGGAAUCCACCUCUCAUACAGUUUCUACGGUCCCACAGGGGAAUACAUAGUGAGUCCCCAGAAAGCAGAAGGGGGAAUCACAGAGGCCUCCACCCUUGUCCCCAUCCCUUUCUCCUCCUCCACCCAGCGCUCCAAGGGAACAGACCUGGAUUCAGUUCCCUCCAAGACACAAACCCCAUCCAGCCAGAACAGACCUCAAGAGACCCAGACUAAGGUGUGUGAAGGCCAGCCAACAUUGUCAUCAGGUCCAUUCAGCAGUCUCAACUUGUCUGUUCCUAACGGCCUACUGCUGCAGUUUCUGAGAGAGGAGACUCAAGGAGUUUCUUCAGAGGAGCAGGGUAUGCUGGUGAGACAGAGCUUUCCUCUCCAUGGUAGGGGAGAGGUGAGGCAGCUUCAGGACCCAUCCCUCUCCAAAGAACUGUCCCGCACUGUCACCAGCCAGGGAGCUGUGAUCCGUUACUUGAGAGACGGAUCCACAGAGGUGCUGUUUGCAGACGGCUCAGUCAGUUUCAGCCAGGACUCUGCUCCAGUGUGGGUUCCUGACUCUGAGGUUAAGGAGGAGGACACUACCCAAGAAGCCAAGGAAAACAAGAAAGAACAGAGCUCUGAGAGGCCUGAUGAUGCUCAGAGAGGGUGUUGGUUAACUACAACUCCCUCUGGAGCUCGCAUCUGCACUGUGGGAACCACACAGGUACCCACCACCCCUCUUCUCGCCUUCAAGGCUACAGACCCCAUCACCCAUGAGGUGAUGCUGAGCCGGGAGGAUCUGGUGGUCUCUGUCCAGAAACCAGAUGGAUCUCUAAGUGUGGAACAUGCAGAUGGAACCAGAAUCACCAGUCUCUACCAAGAUAGACCACCAAACACAGGGGAGCCGCCUGAGAGUGUGACUCUUAAAGCCACUUCUGAACGUGUAUGUGAAUGUGUGUGUGUCACACGCUGUGCGGACAGCAUCGCUGAGAACAUGCACUCUCAGGAUACUUGUGACACUGGAGAUGAGAAUAGCAGGGACCAUGCAGGGAAAGCAGGUGACGAGGAGGAGGAUGCUUGUACGAAGUUGAGUGCAUAUGAGCAAGUGUGCGAUGAAAGGGAGUGUGCUGAAGAUACGUCAUAUAAGAAUGAUGAGGAGAGUGAGUUUGCAGAAGAGACAGUUGUUGAGAAUGGUAAGAGGAGUGCAUGUGACAGCGAUAAAGGGAGUGUUUCGACCAAAGAGCGGGUGGUGUUGGUAGAGAAGGAGGGCUGCGCCACAGUGGUGAUGUAUCCAGAGCGACAUACGGCACACGUCUUCUUCGCUGAUGGAACUGUCAUCACUGGGAACAACCAAGGAGCCUAUCAGGUGUUCCCAUCCAAUGUGGGGCUUCUGCAGAUCCAAAGUGACGGGAGGUGUGUGUACUCGUCUGACCCACUGGUGACGCCCAGUCCACAGGGUGGCGCUGCCACAAACCAACCAGGAAGCUACAUCUUGAGUCACACAGACAAAGUGGCCUGUGAUGUUACGGAUCCUGAUGGGAACCAUUUCCAGGUGAUGGACGACGGGCAGAUAUCAGUGCUGAACUUCAGUCCUGCUCCAAGCACUGUGAAACACGAUGAGGAAGAGCUUGAGGAGGAGGAGGACAGAGAAGUGGCCAGGCUUCAUGUAGAACACGGAGAACAUUGUCCCAGGCUGUUUCUGGUACAUGAGGAUGGCUCAGGUACUGAACUGUUGAGUUCUCAAACUGUAGAGGAGCUGCUCUACCAGGCGUACUCUGACCCUACCAUAGCAGUACUGAGGGACCCACUGCCAGACACACAAGAUGAAUUUGGCAUUACCAUCCUUAAGCCCAGUCACCAGAGUGUGUGGUCCCAGUGGAUGCUAGGGAAACAGAACCCUGACAUUACCCCUCCCAACCUCAGAAACCGCAGCUGGCAUGAUUUCCCACGUGUAGAGAAGAAGAGCCCAGGUCCUCCAUUUGGUACCAACAUGGGACGAGGUUUGACUCUGAGAGGGAGGUCCGUUGGUCCUGCAGCACAGCACCAACCUGUCAGGAGCUGCCCUAAAGUACUGGAGAUAAGGGAACUGUACCAGCACCGUCCAUUCACCAUGCCGCUCAAAAAGACUAUAGACACACGACUGAAGGAGUACAUCGAGAGUUUGAUGGAGAGGGAGCAGCGAUCAGAGGAGAUGGAGGUUAAAGACCCUCGCACUAAGGAAGAGAAUGUCCAUGCCAGUAAUCUGCUUAAUUUGGUCCUGUCUUUCGCAGACGAAGAGGGUGCAGAUCACACCUUUGACAAGAGGACUUCAGUGGACAUAGGCAGUCUGUACAGCCAGUGUGUUGGAGCCCAAGCUGAGCAGUCAGAUGUUUCUGAUGACACAACCACAGUAGCAAGUAACAGUUUUACAAAUGGAAAAGAAUCAAAAUGGACUGAAAGACAUGCACAACACAGACAGGAGAUUUGUGAGGAGAAGGCUUGUAGAGUGGCUCUGAGAAGGAAGAACAUUGUUCCUUAUUUCCAUCUAGAAAAUAUUCCCAUAUACCAGAAUCUGCUGCAGCACCAAACACCAGACAUGAGGAGUCUGUCCACGCAUCUCCCUCCGAUCCCCAAGUCAGACAGUGCUGAGGCCUUCCUGAAAGAUGCCCCACAGGGGACCACUCCGCGACCUUUAAACCCAACACCCUCUCAGUCAGCAAGCCAUGCAGCAGGAAGUGACAGGAUGACUGAGAAGAGACCCACUAACCCCACACCUCAGACUGCUGGUGAAAGCAGUCUGAGGGGUUCAUCCAGGCCAUAUAAGUCCAUCCAGCUGGAUGUGACUGGAAAACCCAGGAGGACAAAAGUCAGACUACCCACCUCCAUCCUCAGCUCUAAACCCUGCAGUGUACCAAACCAGCAGUUCCUAUCAGUGGAAGAGCCAGUGAGGAGGAAGUGUCGAACGAUUUCUCUGACCGAUCCAAAUGUUGUAGUGAGGGGCUUCCAGCUCUUCCCGUCCAGCGUUGACUUUGGCACACUGCAGGAAGGCACCUCCUCAGCCAUUACUGUGGUGAUGAAGAAUGUGGGUGUUGACACCUGCAGGUUCCAUGUGAAACAGCCUCCUCCUGCUACAGGCCUGCGGGUCAUCUAUAAUCCUGGGCCUGUGGCUGCUGGUUUGCAGGUUGAACUGCAGGUUCAGCUGUUUGCCAUGUGUACAGCCCAAGCAGGAGAGGUAGAGCCAAAAAAAUCCAUCUCCCAGGAUAUUAUCAUCCACACUGAGACUGACAUCCUCUACCUGCCUGUCACUGCUACCGUCCUUCCUGAGAGGUCAUAUGAUGUUUGGCUCAAGGACCGCACCAGUGCACAAAAGAAGAAAGGCUCCAGGGUACUUAAAGUGUCUUCUGGUCCCCACGGCGGCCAGGGAGUCAUACACAGACGACUCAAUACCCGCCUGACCAGCCCUGCAGCAAAAACAGGACAUCCUAAUCGCACUACUUGUCAAUGAGGAAUACACAAAACCAUCAUCUUCAGUCCAAUUUCACAUUAUUUCAAGUCUUCACCCCAUUAUCAUCACACCACAUGUCUGUUUCAUUCCACAGAAAUCAAAUAUUUUAAUGAAUUUUUGAAUAAAAUCUAUAUAACAUUGAAA